AUGCAACGUCAAGACUCGGGGUACGAGUCCCUGGUCUCUGCCAAGGCGACGCAAGCCCGCAAGCUGAGCUCCGACUCGGGUGUACACGCACUCUCCUCUGGUUCCAAGCCGGUUUCCCGCUCUUCCACCGCGGGGUCUAGUAGUCGCAGAUUCAGCACAGCAGCCUCAUCGUCGCUGUACCCCACCCAAAGUAGGGCCGUACCCCAAGCGACGCUCUUCCAGUUCCCCGAACCCGAUAUCGCCGCCCCCGAGACCGAGACGGCCGUCGCCGCACGCCCUCCUAUGCCGCCGCCCACCACUCACUACUGGACCAGCGACCACACCCGCCGCCUCGAGUACGCCGCUAUAGACGCGGCGAGGAGGGGUGUCCGGGGAUGGGUGCGGAGGAAUCUCGUGCCCGACUGCAUGGCCCCCAAGGACGGAGGUCACCUAGACUUUGACGACGACACCGGCAGUGUGCGACGGUAUCGGCUAGAGCUCGAUGACGCGGACAUGGCCCACGUCGCCGAAAAGUCGGGAAAGCGCAAGUGGUUCUCUUGGGCUCGCAAGACGGCGGCGUGA